CUCGUAGCUGCUGGGCCCGGGUUUGUUGAGGGAUCUAAAUGCCCGGCCGAGUGGGAGCUAGAAACUGAGUGAGUCACAAGAAAGAGUGGUAGUACUGUGCCAGGGAAAAUGCGUUACACUAGCCUUGCAUGAACUAUUAUAGGUUGGUCUCAAUCGUGAGAUGUUGAAAUUCUGUAGUAUGUUUGGGUCGAGAAGUCGAAUCUCCGUUCGUCUGUCAGACUCGUUUUCAACAUCGGCACACUGAUUGCACAUCAGCGCUAUCUUGAACAGCCAAACACACAAAUAGUACAUAGCUACAUUGUCGUCCAUCUUUUCCGAGUCUUAUUAUCUUGUGCGUGCUAAUUCCGGACAUGGAGGAUGCUCCUCGCACAAACAAUGAACGGCCUUCGCGCCCAUUUCUCAAUCCACACAUCAUUGGUCCAUGGCGAGUUGGAAGGAGGAUUUCUUUCGGGGACUGGAAACACGUUCGCCUGGCUCAGAACGUCCUCACUGGGCAAUUGGCAGCCACGAUGAUCGCCACCAAACCUCUUAAUGCACCUUCACCCUCUCCAUCGCCCUCUCUGCGUUUCUCUCGACACUCGCAAUGCGACGACCUCUUGCUAAUUGAUCGAGAAAUUGUCCUCCUCAAGUUAGUGCAGCACAGGCAUGUCGUACGUCUGUUGGAUGUUUGGGAGUCUAGGGACGAGCUCUUUGCGUUCCUCGAAUAUUUUAACUCUUCCCCUCUCAUCAGCUCUUUGCCGCGCGCAAUGGGCUUUUUGAAAGCGGUGCGCUACCUUCAUCAACUAACUUCGACUCUCAAUUACUGCCACGGUCUACGGAUUGCACACGGCAACAUCAAUCCGAGUUCUGUGGUUGUCGAUAGGAAAGAUAAUCUGAGAUUAAUGGGUUUUGGCUACGCAUCAUGGGUGGACGACGAUUCAUCGAAAGUUGCUUGUCUUCUUGAUGCUUCUCUCGAUCUUAAUUAUGUGUCUCCUGAGGUUCUUGUUCUUCUAACUGGUAGUCUUCCUUACGGGGAUAUUGUCUUGGAUCCCACCAAACGUAGAGUUGUCGUGCCUCCUGGGAUACCACCUGUAGCAGCGGACCUCCUUCGCUGCAUCCGCAUUACGCUGAGGGGGAUUUUGGAACAUUCUGCAUUGGCUCUCAUUCCUGCUCCCCAACGAGGUCCCUCGCCGUCUGUGAUUAGCCAUUCGAAGUUGAAGGAAAAGUUGGGUUCGGAGAUCAGGACUGUUGAUCCGUAUAUCUGCGAAAAUUUGAGGUCUCUUUGGCCGCAAGCUUCCCUGUCUUCCAUAAAGGCUGCUGUUCAAGAAGAUGGCAACCAUAAGGAAAGAAUGGUUUACUUGCGCCUCCUUGAGUAUCGCCAUUGGUCACUUCAGGAGUAUAAUUCCCUCCAGACCAAAUUCAAGCGAAUUGGAAUGGUCUUUCCGCCUAAUCACAUCAGAAUUCUACCUGACCGCGAUGGUAUUUCUCAGACUUCUAGUGACUCUGGCAUGCAGAAGCGAGUGUCUUUUGCGCCAACUCGACUCCUUCAGUCUUUCAGUCAUGGCUUGUUGAGGCAUGCCAUGCGCUCGAUUCGUCAACUUGAUGUCUCAUCUGGGAAGGAGAGAAGCACACCCUCGAUCUCAGUUAUCGCUCCGGACCUGGAGCAGAGUUCUUCGUUCUCUUCCAAUCUCAACUCUGUCUCUCCUAACUAUGCCGACGACGACAUCUCAUUUCAAGGAUCCUUCAGCGUCUCUUCGCCUUCUCGUGGCUAUGACGGCAUGUUCAUGUCUCCUCGUCCAGCGGACUCGUGCGAAGCGAUGGACAGCAUAGUUCGUAGAAGCCAUCACUCUCCUCUCAGCCAAUUUGUUCUUAAGGCCUACGAUGGAUCAUCGGAAGGCAGUGGCAGUGGUAAUGGACCCGCAUGGUAUCACCUCUGCUCAUUCGCUUCACCCGAAGUUCCGUCCCGCACACAUCCCAUUGGUCUUGGGAUCGUCAAUGAUGCAGCUAACGGCGCUUUCCGUACGUACGAUGCGGAGCAUUCCUCUUCUCGCUUAGUAGGGCUCGACUCCGCUGGCACUCAGAAGGAGAACAGUUUGCCAUCUCAACCUGGUUCUGUUUUCGAGAAUGGUCACUUAAGAGCUUCUAGUUCACAAAAUCGUAAGGGUAAAUUUCCCUCUCUGAAAGAUGAGUGUAUCCAAAACCCCUCUCUCGGCCGAUUUGCUCCAGAUGAUUCAAGAGUCGUAGAUUGGCACUUUGUAUCGGACACCGACGUCAACAUCACUCCCGGGCGUAACGAUUGCCCUCGAAGACGCUCUCGCUCAAAGCGUUGGCUGAGCCUUCUGACUCGCACUACCAACAAAAAUGCAGGCUAUUCCCUUCUUUCUGUCCAAGAUGCUUUGACGACUCUGAUCGAAUGUGAACGAUUGCUGACGCAAAUGUCGGUCAUGGUCGAACGAACAAAAUCAUCAAAGGCGCUUAAGGAUAUCCCGACUCUCAGAUGUACCGUCAAACGCACUAGCACUAGCUUUCACACCAGCAUCAUUCAUAAUGCAUUUCAUCCUGUCACACAGCACCUCCAUCUCACUGCGGGCUAUCGAACUCGGCUUAAACUCACCCUCCUCCAUCUCGUCCAUUCCGAGAGCAACAGCGCCGGCCUCGGCAGUGCCAGUGGUGGCGACGACGGCUUUGCCACGCCUUCUUCGCUCACGACUUUCAACCAAAUCUACAGCAUACUUCGUAGAGACUGGACUCUUGAUAUUCCUACUGAUCUGCUGAAGUCUCCGAGUCCGGUCGGGGUGGUACGAAUUGCUGCUAGCCCUGCAAUUAGGGAUGCCGGUUUGGAACUCGCUCCGUGGGCUUAGGCGCUUAUUAUACAUUAAUGUAGUUUUUCUUUUUCCGUUUUGGUUCCCAACAUUAGAUUUUGUGAAUAGCAUCAUUAGCUACAACCAUGCCCCCCACAAAUAUGACCCGG